AUGACUGCCUCAGGUACCCUGAAGAUGAUCUGCAGUCUGGGUAGGGUGGGCAGCCUGGUGCUGCGAGUCGCCCAGAUGACUUCCUCUGCUGUUUCGAUGGCCGUCUUGUUUAUUGAUGGAGAUGUUGACUUACACGCAGCUUUCAGUUAUGAGAUAGCUGCGAUGUCAUUUUUACUGGUGUGGAGUUCGGCACUAGUGUGCCUCGAUGUCUACUCUUUGAAGGAGCACCGGAACGUGCAAACUCCAAAGCUUUUGAGGUCGAUUGUGAUUGGUGACUGGUUGUCAUUCUUCUUAUCACUAUCGGCGGCAUGCUCCUCGGCAGGAGUUCUCAUCUUGUACACCCACGACCUCCACUAUUGGCAGACCCACACGACCCCGAUUCUGUACUGCGAGAUCUCCACUGCUGUGGCAUUCACUGUUACUGGCUUCGUAUUCGUUUCUGCUUCCGUUACUUUCAUUACUUUAGCUUCCUCUGAUUGA